CAGCUGGGCGUGGCAUGGGAUGAGGCUGGGGGGCGGGUACCUCAAGUCACAUACAUGGACAUGUCCAGAAGCGGCGCGGAUGAGUGCAGUUUUGGAGGAUGGCUGUGUGGCACAGGAGGCCCCAGCCGGGGUCACCACUUCCUCUGGCAUCCUGCCGGGCUGCAAGCAGGUGCAGCCAGAUAAAUAUACACCAGGAACAGAAAUUCAAAUCCAGCCACAAUCAGCAUUAAAAAUCUUUCAACAACAGCUGGAUUCAUUUCAGGCACUUCGGCAACAGACUCUGGAGAAUGUUAACAUGGUACAGUCUGAAAUCAGUGAAAUACUGAACAAGAGUGUAGUUGAUGUGAAAACUUCACAGGGUAGCUCAAAAGAGUUUCUGAUGACUAGUUCACCUGCCAAAACACCUGUGUUUACAGAGAGUCCACAAUCACCGUUUUCUAUGAAGGAAUUUCAGUACGAUCAGAAACUCUGCACCCAUCAGCCCCUGGAGGCAAGUUCUAAUAUUUUCCUUGGAAAUGUGGUCAGUGAUGUAAAUAUUUCUCAUCAGAUUUCACUAAAAACUGUAACAGCAGGAAAGAUUGAAAAACCAUUAGGACCAAAUGAAAUCAAAACUAUGAAUACUCUAAGCAAUGAAUAUUUUUUGAAGGAUUUUGCCAAACCUAAAUGUUUUCUACCUUGCACUAGUAUAGAAGCUGCAACUAUUACUCCUGCUAAUAAUAAAUUAAUUUUGGAUGAACCUAAAGCUCCUUUGAGUUUCCUCAAAUAUGAUGAUGAACUUCAUUUAACAGACUUUAACUAUUCUACCAAACAGUUGAAACAAGAACUCCAAAAGCCUCAUGAACAGGAACUAGGACACACAUCUGAACUUCAGAAUGUUUCCUGUAGUCAAUAUAAUGAUUCUGAAUAUAUGCUAAAACAAGAUCCCAAAAUAUCAACUCUGUUUUUAUCUUGCAAGAAAUUAAGUGAGGACUCAAAAUCAAUAGAAAUUUCAAAACCUGAAGAAACAGUAGACAAAUCACAUAUUACACUGGUUUCUCUUCAAGGAAAUAAUCUGAAUCUUGAUAAAGAAUUUAAUAAAGAUUCUGAAUAUGAAAACUUAUGGACUUUUGCCCUUAAAAGUACAUGCAGUACCCAAGAAGAAGCUGAAAGCAAAAACAAAAAUGAAUUUUAUAGCACUGACAAUGGUGUUGAGGGGUUCCAGUUCGAUGUCUUUUCCAAAACAGUAAAGGAUAAGUUACAAAUGCUUGAUCACAUAGAACAACUGCAGAGAGAAAAAGAAGACCAACUGCACAUACUAAGCCAAAGAAUACUAGACCCUGGAAAUCCUAAAUUCAGUGAAAUCAAAGCUGCGUCAGAGUACUCUGAAAAAAUUGAAGUGUCUCAAAAUUCCUCCAAAUAUUCUGAACACUUACAAAAUAAAAUGCUGCAACUUGAGAAUGAAAACAUAACUUUCAAGGCUGAAGUGAAACAUCUUACUGUUAUCAUACAGUCUCUGAGAGAAAAAAGCUCAAAAUAUGAAAAGCAAAUUAAAGCUCUGGCUGUAGAAAAGCAAAACAUGAAAGUCAGAUUAGUUAAAUCAGAAGAAGACAGCAAGGAAUGCAUUAAAGAAGUGAAAAGGUUGUUACGAAAAUGUAAAGAAUUUCAGAACCAAAAUAAAACUCUCCAAGAACAAAGAAGCCAACUCUGUAUUGAAAACCAAUGUAUAAGGCAAGCAUUAGACGACUUUAAAAUUAAGAAUCAGGAAGCACAAGAACAGAUGAUCGCUGCUACUGCUGAAAAAGAUAAACUCACUGUGGUACUGGAUUCUUUGCAAAAGGAAUCUUUGGUCUUACGAGAAGUAAAUCGGAAACUAGAAACAAAAACAUCCCAGCUUAUACAAGAAAAAACCUCACUUGAAAAAGAACUUGUACAAAAUCAGGUUGAAAUAAAGCAACUGAAAGAAAAAGAAAACGUAACAAAAUCUGAACAGGAGACUCUUCUUCAAUCAGUGCAGUUACUUAAAGAAAACAAGUUUAACCUUGAAAUGGCAUUGCAGGAAUGUGCUAAUGUGAGACAAAUGCAACAGAAGGAGCUUGAGAAAGUCCAAUCAGAUAAAACUUAUGCAGAGGAGAAACUCCUUACUGAACUUAGAAAUGCAAAAGCAGAAAUUGACUUUUUGAAAACUAAUUUGGCCAAUGUGGACAGAGACCAGGACAGGUUAUCAGUUGUUGUCAGAAACAUCACAGAGGAAAAUCGGCUACUUAAAAAAGAAAUACAGGACCAUAAACAUGAUGUUUCCAAAUAUCAAAUUAGCAUUGGAAGACUGAAUGAGGACCACUUACUAAUGGAAAACCACGUAAGAACUAUAGAAAAUGAGAGGGAUGUAUUGCAGUUUGAAGUCCGCCACCUGCAGAAGGACUAUAUUAAUCUGCAGGACCAAAUCACUGCCCUGGUUAAUGAGCAGUGUAAAUACACAUAUACUUCAGGGAGUCAGGAGAAAGUUCACUCUACAUAUUCCAUGGAUAUUUGUGAAGAAAUUUCUGAUUACAAGUGUACAGCUUUAGUAUAUAACCCACAAGAGAAUGGAAAGAUUGCUGAAAUGCGAAAGAAGCUAGAAGAGGAAGAGGUACAAAAAGGGAAGAGGCACAAGGACCUGAAGAAAUAUUAUAGCACUAUUUCAGUCAGCUGUACUACAUCUGUAAUCAGGGAGUCAAGAUUUAGAACUGCAGUCAGGAAGAAAUACAGCACAGUUUGCUCUGCUACCUAGUGAUUUGAAUCUAGAGAGUUCAGCAAUGAAGAACACACCCAAGUUAUUGUAUAUAUAUAUUCCUGGUAUAUAUUAUGAAUAUGAUGCCAAAACAAAGGUUAGCACAAUCACCAAUACCUGUUUCACAAUAUAAAAAUCAGAGAAAUUAAGAAAAAAAAAGAAAUAUCUUUAAAAAGGUCAAGUACAAAAACUGCUAUAGAAAUUCAUAUUAAAAAUAUGCUGCUGGGUCGUGUUUUGCAGUAACUUUUGGGGACAAAAUCUCCAUUGAUCUCAAUGGGAAUUUUUCCUGAGUAAGGACUGGAAGAGCUUGCCAA